ACAUGUGAGAUAGUUACAGUUGUACAGUGGACAGAGCAAGAUCUAACCAUUUCAACUCCGUGUCUGCGUAGAAUGACUGCGCUUGGAUGGACAUCCGCAUCGAAAGAGUAAUCUUUUUAUGAGAGCAACUGUUGGAGAACAGGAAUCCCCAAAUCUGCCUUCAACGCGUCGCUGCUCUCUCACUUUGACUGAUAUUAUUACGGGGACUUCGUGGAAACUAGCAGCUACGGGAGUUAAGGUGGAAGAUCCUUACCACUGUCUUUGCUCGCCUUUUCGCGAUUCGCAUUUUGCCAAAACUGCGCUUUUCCUUUCCGUAGUGAGACAAUCUAUCGUCUGGAUACGCGCUCCUUUUUGUCAGAAAACAACACGAAAUAUAUUUUUCACUACGAUUGUUGGAUGCACCGAUGAGAGAUCCAGUUUUUACAGGGACUGCGAUGGCUUACCACCCUUUCCACGCUCACCGGCCGACCGACUUUCCAAUGUCAGCUUUUCUCGCGGCCGCGCAACCCUCCUUCUUCCCGGCGCUGACCUUGCCUCCCGGGACUCUAACAAAGCCGAUCCCGGACCAUGCCCUGGCCGGAGCCGCGGAGGCAGGGCUCCAUUCUGCUCUGAGUCACCAUCAUCAGGCAGCUCAUCUUCGCAGUCUCAAGAGCCUGGAACCAGAGGAAGAGGUUGAAGACGAUCCAAAAGUCACACUGGAAGCGAAAGAUCUAUGGGACCAGUUCCACAAAAUAGGAACAGAAAUGGUUAUUACGAAAUCUGGCAGGAGAAUGUUUCCACCCUUUAAAGUCCGCAUUAAUGGACUCGAUAAAAAAGCCAAGUAUAUUCUAUUAAUGGAUAUUGUUGCUGCCGACGACUGCCGUUACAAGUUCCACAACUCUCGCUGGAUGGUCGCGGGGAAGGCCGACCCGGAGAUGCCAAAGCGAAUGUAUAUACAUCCGGAUAGCCCAGCUACUGGGGAACAAUGGAUGGCUAAGCCUGUUGCUUUUCAUAAACUGAAGUUAACCAACAACAUUUCGGACAAACAUGGAUUUACCAUCCUGAAUUCAAUGCAUAAAUACCAGCCCAGGUUCCAUAUUGUGAGAGCCAACGAUAUUCUGAAGCUCCCGUACAGCACUUUCAGGACAUAUGUUUUCCCCGAGACUGAUUUUAUUGCUGUCACAGCUUAUCAAAACGACAAGAUAACACAACUGAAGAUUGAUAAUAACCCAUUUGCCAAAGGCUUCAGAGACACAGGGAAUGGAAGGAGGGAGAAGAGGAAACAACUGACCCUUCCAUCAUUACGCAUGUAUGAAGAUCAAUGUAAAGUGGACCGUGAUGGCGCGGACUCUGAUGCUUCCUCAAGCGAACCUACAACCGGCAGAGAUGCUGCUCACUCACCUGGACCGGUUUCCAGCCCACUUAGAUUAAACCGGGGCAGCAGAGACGACAAAACAUGCACUGACAGUGAGCAGGAAUUGGACAAUCCUGAUGACCGGUGUGGAGGAUCCAGCAGUCCUGGACCAGAGCCUCCAUCUCCAUUCAGGUCGAGAUGUGAGGACCGGGACCGGGGGCGGGAGAGGCCUGUUAUGGAGAAGAAAGACGAUUAUCCGGAAUCCCGAAAAUCAAGCGAUUCUAUAUUUAGCAUAAGAAACUUGGAGAAAGACAAGCUAGAGAGCAGGCCGAGGAAAGACACAGACUUCUCAAAGAAGGACACAGAAAACGGUGGUCUUAGCAGCAGUAAAGAGAGCUUUUCUCCUCUGAUGGUACAGACUGAGAGUCCAUCACACUUUGGGGCAGGGCACCUUCAGAGUUUGGCGCUCUCCGGUUUACACAGUCAACAGUUCUUUAACCCACUAAACACCGGACAACCUCUAUUAUUCCACCCUGGACAAUUUGGAAUGGCACCUGGGGCGUUUUCAGCAAUGGGAAUGGGACAUCUAUUGGCUUCAGUAUCAGGAGCUGGUGGCCUGGAGAAUGGAAGCCUGUCGGCCCAGGGUACUGGGAGCACCACGAGUCCCUUUCCCUUUCAUCUUUCUCAACACAUGCUUGCCUCUCAGGGCAUUCCGAUGCCAACAUUCGGUGGACUUUUCCCGUACCCCUACACCUACAUGGCCGCCGCAGCUGCAGCGGCCUCCGCCCUUCCGGCGAGCAGCACAGCCGCCUCGCUCUCCAGGAACCCGUUCUUGAGCAGCUCCACUCGCCCUCGGCUGAGAUUCAACCCUUACCAGCUCCCCGUCUCGAUCCCUCAAUGCACAAACCUGCUUACCACCGGAUUGCCAAGCGGCCUAAACCCCUCGUCUGAAUCGUCUAAGUGCGGGAGCAGGGAAGCGAGUCCUGUGCCUGAUCACAAGUCAGGGGCGAGUCAGAAAAACGGCUCACCUAAAACAACAAUGAAGGAAUCCAUCAAUGAACUCCAGAACAUUCAGAGACUAGUGAGCGGCCUAGAGAGUCAGCGAGAGACCUCCCCGCCUAGGGAUUCGCCCAAGUGAUCAAGCGUCCCCAAACCUAUCCAGGGCAUGACUUGAAUUGCCAGAGGAUUUUAAGUUCUCUGCGAAAUAUUUCAUCAAGUACUGUUUUUUUGCGCAUGGAUGACUGAAGUGGAAAAAAGCAAACAUUAGUCAACAAAAAAAUAAAAAUAAAAAUAAAAAAGGCCUAAUAAAAUAAACCGUUGGACCUGGCGCUCUUGGUGGCGGAGAUCUACGAAAGUGCUGCGAAGACAAUCUACUGUGUAGCCUAAACUCUGUGUAGAACAUGCUGACUAGACCACACCAAUCUGUUGAAAAAGAGGAGUUUUAAAAUAAAAUACAUUUUUAUUUGCGUAAUGUCAGUAGGAUCACUGCUGGUUGGUUGCAAUAUCUAAAUGGUGAUUCACAUAAAACCUGUGGACUGAAAACCACCAAGCUACAUCCAAAAAAAAA